ACCAGAUGUUCGACGGAAUGCGUCCGGGGCAAGGCGGCAAGGGGGCGGUGCCCCCGGCGGGCGAAGGCGGCGGCGGCAUCGACAUGCUUCCGGACGGCGUCCUCGGGCACAUCCUCGGCUUCCUGCUGGCGCCGGAGGCCGUGCGGACGUGCGUGCUCGCCCGGCGCUGGCGCCACCUCUGGAAGUCCGCCACCCGCCUGCGCAUCGGUUGCUGCUGGGACGACAUCGCGACGCCGGUGGAGGAGCACCGCGAGUUCGUGGACAACCUGCUCCUCUCCCGCGGGGGCUUGCCCCUCGAUACGUGCGAGUUCAAUUUUGGUCCGGUCCAGCGCAACGACGCGCCCCGGGUGAAUUCCUGGCUCCGGUAUGCUAUAACGUGCAAAGCGCGGGUGAUCAUCCUUGAUGUCCAACCUGAGGACACUGAACCUCCAAUUCCAUCUGCAUUGCUUCGGCUUGAUGAUCAGCUUCUCGUCUCCCGGCACCUGACGAGGCUAGAGCUCGUCUUUCUAGAUCUCUGCAACAGUAGUUUCAUCGACUUCUCCAACUGCUCGUCUUUGGAGCAUCUGGUGUUGGAAUACUGUGAAAUCACAUCGGCCAAGAAGAUCUCGUCAACUCCUUGAAAUACCUAAGCUUGAUUACUUGCCAUAUCAGAGCAUCCGCACCGGGGCAGCCCCGCAUCCGCAUUUCUGUUCCGAAUCUGGUUUCUCUUAACAUAAGUGACAUUGAGGGGAGGACUCCCAUUCUUGACAGCAUGCCAUCAUUAGUGAAUGCAUUUGUCGGAAUAACCUGCAACUGUGAUGAUAUCUGCAAUAAACUAGUGGAUCCAACCAGCUUCCACUGUGGUUGUGAGUUCUGUGUUACUUCUGGGAACAUUGGUCACGACUAUCGUCAUUCUGUCCUUCUAAAAGGUUUAUCAGAAGCUAGGAAUUUGGAUUUAAUAUCUGCACCCGAAAUGUUCAUUUUCAAAUGGGAUUUGAGAUGGCUCCCUAUCUUCAGUAAUUUGGAGACUUUAUUGCUGAAUGAAUACUUUUGUAUGUCCGAUGACCUCAGUGCAUUAACUUGUAUUCUUGAACACUCACCACUCCUGAAGAAGCUGACUCUUGAACUUUUCUCUCAGAGUUAUAAGUAUAAAGUGGAAAUGAAAGGAAGCUUCAGUCUGAUGGAGCGACCAGCUACAAUUUCAGAACACCUGAAAAUAGUUGAAGUCAAGUGUCAAGCUGUGGAUGACAGAGUUCUGAAAGUUUUGAAGUUCCUGUGUACCUUCAACAUACGGGUCAUUGUUCUGCAAAAAAAAUCAGGUCCCAUUGUUUUUGCUCCCUUGAACCAUCGGUUGCCUUACACCAAUAUUCUCCUCAUUUGAAAGUUCAAACUCAAUGUUCUGAAAACAUAUUUCAGAUUUUGAUCUAUUGCUAACAAGUGUGAGGCUGAAGUUCUCUGUGAAAAGGUUGCUCUUUUGUAUACAUGGUUGUUAUGCUCAGGAUUCCGUAUCAGCACAAGAAGAAAGACAAGAAGCCCGUGCCGGACGCCGAACAGGCGCCAGAUCAUGGCUAGCGAGGGUAGGCUUCAUUUGUCAGAUUUGGUUCAGUAUUGCGUAAGUCACGCAGGUCAGGCGUGUUGCGCUAAUCUGAGUCGCGCAUGUUGCGCUGGAAGGAAAGUGAGUCAGUUAGGAUUGGCUAAGAUCUCCUAGGAAUCGGAUUUGUUAGGGUUUGCUUAGGCUUAUAUAUUGGAGUCUAUCUGUGUAAGACUGUAACGUGGAAGUCAUUCAAUCAAUAUACAAUUCCAGUUAUCUCCCUAUUACGGGAGCA